AUGGCCUUCACGGGCUCUGUGGACAAGGCUGUGAGCUCCGUGCUGUCCCACUCUUGUUACAACGAGGAGGACGUGCUUUGGUGGGUCAUUGUCCUAACUCUACAGCCACCUCAGACUGCAGGAAAAGCCGCACCUUGCACAUCACCCCAUGACGCUGUCACAUUAGGGAGAGCAAUUACACCAUGCAGGGAAACAGGCUGCGUCCCAGGAGCUGGUAUCUCACAAGGGAAACCAAUAUCCUCAGAUGAGAAUGGCUGUCCAAGGACCUCAGGAAACUAUCACGACUUCAGCCUGGAAAGGAAGGCUCUCUUCUGUGCUGAGGCUGCCACCCGAGGAUGCGGCCCCUACCCGUGCGGUGAUCAGGGCACGGCGUCGGCCCCUCCAGCCUGGCUCUUGCUGCUCAGUCCCGACAGCGGCCUGGCACCUGCACCUGCGGAGCCCGGACUCCAGGAGCCACCCGGAGGCGAGCAGGAGGCCGGCAGCGGUGGCGACGAGGAGGACCCCUCGUCGGCCAGCGAGGACGAGAGGCGCCCUGGUGGCUCCCGGCCCAGCUCUCCGGCCACCCCCGACCCCGGCCGGCGCCCCUCGCUGCUUGAGCGGCUGUCGGGGAGCAGCCUGGCCGCGCGGCCACGCGCGCUGCUGCACUGCUUCCGCCGCCACCGUGCUUGCAGCCUGAGCUCGGUGCCUGCGCCCCUGGGGCCCCUGCCACCGCCACCACCGCCGCCUCCACUCAGCCCCACGCUGCCCCCGCGGCCCGCCACGGCCGGCGCCAUGGCCCCGCUGCGCAGCCACAAGCCCACGGGCGCGUCCCUCAGCCCGUAUACCUGCCUGCCGUCUCUUAGGGAGACACCCCAGCCUCUCAAGCCCUGCAGAUCGCACCCUGAUUCUGCAGCUGACCUGCUGUCCGCCCUGAGUCAGGAAGAACAGGAGCUCAUCAGGCCUGUGGUCACCCUGGGAUACCCCCUGGCCAGGGCCAUCACAGCUCUUCAGAGGACGGGGAGACAGAGCCUGAGCCAAUUUCUCGGCUACCUCAGCGCCCGGGAGAGGCUGCUGCAGCAGGGCUAUGAGGAGGCCCUGGUGGACGAGGCCAUGGAGCUGUUCCAGAACUCUGAAAGCAAGGCCAGGGAGUUCCUGCGCCUCUGGGAGCAGUUCAGCGACAUGGGUUUCCAGCCGCAGCGGAUCAAGGAGGUGCUGCUGGUACACGGCAACCGCCAUGAGCAGGCCCUGGAGGAGCUGGUGGCCGGCACCCAGUGACUGUGAGGCCACUGGCCUGUGUCCUUGAAACCCAGCCGGAGCCACACAGACAAAGCUAUGCACGUUCACUAUAAAAAACAAACAGUCCCAAGGCAGGGGAAACACUGAGGUCAGCUGGCGGCGCUCCAGGAGGACUAGGCAGGGGCCAGUGAGGUGGGACUGAGCCUUGCACCCUGCCUGUGUUCCAUGUGUACCCUCUGUGUUAAUAACUUUGCUGUUGAGAAAAUUAAAACAAUAACAGUAGCAACAGAA